CGAACGUGUUUCAUGUUUUUGUAUUUUAAAUUGUAAAACGGCUUUUUAAACAUUUGAAUUAUUGCCUAACACAAAACCGACUUUUAACAACGGUAACAAUGUGCAUUGUUUUAAAUCAGUGAUUAUUUAACUGGAAUAGCGUUAUUAAACUUGGAAUAAUGACUAGCACAGAAGUUAAAGCUGGUAAAGAAAAUGUAUCAACUCAUAGCACAAAGGCGCCUGAAAUUCACGACUUUUGCAUUAUAAAACCGAUAAGUCGAGGCGCUUUCGGUAAAGUCUUCCUUGGUUGCAAGAAAAGUAACAUGGAUGUGAUGUAUGCAAUAAAAGUUAUGAAAAAGACUGAAAUGAUCAACAAAAACAUGGUCACACAAGUGGUGAAUGAAAGAAACGCGCUGGCUCUCACCAAAAGCCCCUUCUGUGUCCAGUUGUACUACUCCUUGCAAACCUCAUCAUCUGUUUACCUAGUGAUGGAGUACAUGGUUGGAGGUGAUUUAAAAUCCCUGCUAAGUGUUUAUGGGUUCUUUGAUGAAUCUAUGGCCAGUUUCUACAUUGCAGAAGUUUCUUUAGCCCUGGAAUAUCUCCAUCAGCACAGCAUAAUACACAGAGAUAUUAAACCUGACAACAUGCUUUUAUCCAAAGAGGGGCAUGUUAAACUAACUGACUUUGGUCUGUCCAAAAUCCACAUACACAGAGACUUGGAGAUAUCAGAUUUUGAGAAUUGUACACCAAAUCUGUGUGCCAGGACACCUGGACAACUGCUCAGUUUGACUUCCCAUUUAAGUUUUGGGUCUGGUAAUUCAAAAUUUGUUAAGUCCAACAACAGCGAUUUCAUAUCUGAUUCCAACUCUGAUAGUAAACAAGAUUCAUGCAAUGUAUCAGUGUUGAGGGAUCACAACUCAACACUGGGAAAAAGUGAUUUGAACAAUCUCAGUUGCUCUAGAGGUUUUAAUGGGACGGGACUUUCAGGUAUAACAUUUAUGUCCGCUGAUAACACACCACUGAAGAGUAUUGAAUUAACUGAAUACAGUUCAUAUCACACAUGUGUUAGUAGUGGGAGUGGUGAAGACACUCAUAACAAUCCCAAUAAUUCUUGUGCAUCACCAGUGAGCAGAAAGAUUUCCAGCAGGUGUGGCUUAAUGCGGGGCGACAGGAAACGCAAAUGCAGAUCUCCAUCACCUGAAGGUUCCAGAAAGGCUUACAUUAAAACUGGCCUGACUGGCGAAAUUGAAAUUCUGAGGGUGGAUUCAGCCAGUCCACCGAAAGGCGUGACCUUCUCAACCCCAGUCUCAGCCCAAAAGCCCAUUAAAAUAAAAACUACUAGAUUUCAAAUACCUCAAAGUGAGGAGUCUGUUGAGCAGGAGGUGAUUAAGUCAACGCCCAGUGUGGUCAGCCCAAUUCAAAGUGACACCACACCAAAAACACCAAGAACCCCAUAUAGGACCCCAAAAUCAGUUAGGAGGGGUCAGUGGAGCUCAGACCAAAGGAUUUUGGGCACACCUGAUUAUCUUGCACCUGAAUUACUCUUGAGAAAGGGUCAUAAUCAUGCUGUGGAUUGGUGGGCUCUGGGAGUAUGUUAUUAUGAGUUUGUGACUGGCAUUACACCUUUUAAUGAUUCAACUCCCCAAGAUGUGUUUAAAAAUAUCUUAGAGCACAAUAUUGAAUGGCCCACUGAAGAAGAAGCUUUGUCAGAUAAAACGGUGAAGGCCAUUGAGUCACUGUUGGUUCUAGAUCCAGAGAAGAGGGCAACUGCCCAAGAUUUAAAAAAUAUGGAGGUGUUCAAGGAUACUGAUUGGGAGAACUUAUUAUCUAAGACCCCACCAUUUGUUCCUGAUCCAUAUGAUUUGACAGAUACUGGAUAUUUCCAAGCCAGGAAUGAAUUGCUCAAUUUCAACAUAUCCAAUUUUGAUUUGUGAAUAAAAUUUAUCAUCAUUGUUUAUUUGUUAUUGUAUAGUUAUCAUAAUUGUAUUAAUAUCUAUAGUCAAUUCAGCUGUGUUAUUUUAACUUAUUAACAAACAGUAAGAAUAAAAUAUUAAUAUGA